AUGUGGUUUCUUCCCCUUUUGGCCUUGUGGGCCUUGUCCCUCGUUGCAGCUGAAGACUUGCCCGAGAUCGAGAUCGUCGGCAACAAGUUCUUCUAUUCGAACAAUGGUUCCCAGUUUUUGAUCCGUGGUGUUGCUUACCAGCAGAACCCAAUGAACACCACCGGUGAGUCCCAAGAUAAAUACGUUGACCCCCUUGCUGACGGUGACGCCUGUAAGCGUGACGUCAAGUACCUCCGUGACGCCAAUACCAACGUUUUGAGAGUUUACGCCGUGGACCCUACCAAGGACCACGACGAGUGUAUGAAGACUUUUGCCGACGCUGGCAUCUACAUCAUUGCUGAUCUUUCUUCCCCUGCCGAGUCCGUCAACAGAAACAGCCCUGCCUGGAACGUCGACUUGUACAAGAGAUACACGUCUGUCGUGGACAUGUUUGCCAACUACACCAACGUUUUGGGUUUCUUUGCCGGUAACGAGGUGACCAACAACAGAUCUAACACUGACGCCUCUCCUUUCGUCAAGGCCGCCGUCAGAGACAUGAAGGCCUACAUUAAGGACCAGGGCUGGAAGUUCCCUGUCGGUUACUCCUCCAACGAUGACUCUGAGAUCCGUGUCGCCAUUGGUGACUACUUUGCCUGUGGUGACAUUGACGCCAGAGCUGACUUUUUCGGUGUUAACAUGUACGAAUGGUGUGGUGACUCUUCUUUCCUGGACUCCGGUUACAAGACCCAGACUGAGCAGUACAAGAACAUGACCAUUCCUGUUUUCAUGUCUGAGUACGGUUGUAACGAGGUUCGUCCUAGAAAGUUUACCGAGAUUGGCACGAUCUUCGGCGACAAGAUGACCGACGUCUGGUCCGGUGGUAUCGUCUACAUGUACUUCGAGGAGGCCAACAAGUACGGUCUUGUCUCUACUGACGGUUCCUCCGUGUCCACCAUGACUGACUACUCUUACUACUCCGCCGAGAUGAACAGCAUCUCUCCUUCUUUGGCCAAGUCUUCUGAAGAGAGCAGCGAUGCUUCUUCCACCCUCAAAUGUCCUCCUAACGAUGCUAAGACGUGGAAGGCUUCCCCAUCUUUGCCUCCAACCCCAGACCAGGACAUCUGUGACUGUAUCCAGGACUCUUUGGAGUGUGUUGUUGCUGACGACGUGAAGGAGAAGAACUACGGUGACUUGUUCGGCGAGGUUUGCGGUAACGGUAUCGACUGUUCUGCCAUCAACGUCAACGGUACUAACGGUACCUACGGUGCUGUCUCCUUCUGUUCCAACAAGGAGAAGUUGUCCUACGUUCUCAACAAGUACUACAAGGAGAACAAGGACAGCAAGUCUGCUUGUGACUUCGAUGGCUCCGCCUCUCUUGCCAGCACCAAGGACUCCGCCUCUUCUUGUAAGGCUCUCAUUUCCUCCGUGUCUGCCCAUGCCCAGGUGACUGGUUCUACUUCUGGUGCUAGUGGUGCUGCCCACGUUUCCGGCUCUAGCAGCUCUGGCUCCGGUAGCUCGUCUUCUUCCUCGGGCUCGUCUUCCUCCUCCAGCAAGGGCUCGGGUAGCAUUUCCGCUCGCUUCAUUUCGAAGGGCGAGCUUCUCGCUGUUGGCGCCUUGGUGAUGUGCUUCGUGGGCGGUUUCGGCACUUUCUUUAUGUAA